CAUGGAGUUUAGACACUACCAUUGCGAAGUGCCGCGUCAACUGGGAGUUCUGUAGUGGAGAUGGAGCGAAUGAAAAUGCAGCUGCCUCAGAGCCCGAGCGCUUUGUGUUUCGAUAAAGAUGAGUUCAUGAAGGACUCCUUUGAUGUUGACCACUUUGUGUCAGAAUGUAGAAAGCGUGUGCAGCUGGAAGAUCUUCGAGAUAAUCUUGAGAUUUAUUAUCGUCUCCUCAAAACUGCCAUGGUUGAGCUCAUCAAUAAAGACUACGCAGAUUUUGUGAACCUCUCUACAAAUUUGGUUGGAAUGGAUAAAGCUCUGAGUCAGCUUUCUGUACCACUAGGACAACUGAAAGAAGAAGUAUUGAGCCUCAAAACAUCUGUUAAUGACAGCAUUAGUGAAGUGGAUGUGCGUCUGGCUAAACAAGAUGAUCUAAGGAAAAAAAAGAUGUGUGCGUUAAGAAUGAUUCAUGUUAUUUAUUCUGUUGAGAAGAUUGAAGGCAUCUUGAACUCCCAGAACCGUAAAGAAAAUACAGAAUUGAACAGCACGUUGCUAACCGGGCAGAUCUUAGAAAGAAUUGCCACAGAAUUUAAUCAGUUGCAGUUCCAUGCUGUUCAAAGCAAAGGCAUGCCUCUUCUCGAUAAAGUGAGACCUCGUAUUGCUGGCAUCACAGCUAUGUUACAGCGCUCCCUAGAAGGUCUCCUGUUAGAAGGCCUUCAGACCUCUAAUGUGGAUAUAAUUCGUCACUGCUUGAGAACAUAUGCCACAAUUGACAAAACAAAGGAUGCGGAAGCACUUAUUGGCCAGGUGCUAGUAAAACCUUAUAUUGAUGAGGUUAUAGUGGAGCAAUAUGUACAGUCCCAUCCCAAUGGACUCCAGGUUAUGUAUAACAAACUUCUAGAGUUUGUUCCUCACAAUUGUCGACUUCUAAGAGAGGUAACAGGAGGAGCGAUAUCAAGUGAAAAAGCCGAUAUGGUUCCAGGAUAUGACUUCCUAGUGAAUUCUGUUUGGCCGGAGAUAGCACGUGGAUUAGAAGACAGGUUGCCUUCACUGUUCAACCCCGGGAAUCCUGAUAUAUUUCACCAGAAAUACUGUAUAAGCAUGGAUUUCCUCCGAAAAUUUGAAAGGCAAUGUGGUUCACAAGCAAGUGUAAAAAGAUUACGCGCUCAUCCCUCUUACCACAGCUUCAAUAACAGGUGGAAUUUGCCUGUCUAUUUUCAGAUAAGGUUUAAAGAAAUAGCCGGAAGCUUAGAAUCUGCUUUAGUUUAUCGCCUAGAGGAAGCUUCAGCUAAAGGUGUAUAUUGUCUUAAAGCUACUAGUGUCCUAUGGGCCUGUCUAACUGCAUGCUGGUCUGAUCAGAUCUAUCUACCCUUACUUGCUCACCGUUUCUGGAAGCUGACCUUGCAACUGCUGUCACGCUAUUGUGUAUUUAUUAAAGAGUUGGAAAUUUGUGCGGCUUCAGAAGACAAUUUAACUGAAAGCAAAAGUUUGAUGACAACCCUUGUCAGAGAAGAAUCCCCUGCUUCCAGCUCUGAAGACCAGCAAAUUGGAUCGAUACCAGAUGCCCAGUGUUCUGUGUUGUCAACACAUCAGCUGAUUCUUAUUGUUGCAGAUAUAGAGAAAAUAAUGGAGCAGUUUCCAGGAUUAAUGGAUGUGAUUAAAGUCAAACUUAGUGUAACUGGAUUUAAGAAUAUGGAAAUAAUUAAAGGUGCACUGGGGGACGUAUCCAGUUCUUUAUCAGCACCUCUCCCAGCCAUAAACAACAGAAUUUCAGUGGACCUAGGAGAAUCAUGCUUGGUGUACUUUAGAAGUGUCCUAGAAGUCCCUAGACUUUACAGAAGAACCAACAAAGAGGUACCCACAAAGGCGUCCCCUUAUGUUGACAGUGCUCUCAAGCCACUGUGCCAACUUCAGCAGGAGUAUGGAAAUACAGUAAAAGAAGUAACCAGACAAGAAUGGCUGAAAGGAGCCCUCUCAGAAUGUACACACAAGUUCUCUACUUUGACAACUGAGUUUUCUAUACCUUUUGAGCAUUGGAUGUAUUAUGAGACUGUGUCUGAUGUGCUCAGCUCUGUUAAGAGAAUGGAAGAAAGUCUGAAAAGACUGAAACAAGCACGAAAAACUACAAUGUCCAGUAAUACUAUCAAUGGUGGAAUAAGCGACGAUAACAAAAUUAGGCUCCAGUUAGCACUUGAUGUGGAAUAUUUUGCAAAUCAGAUUCAGAAUUUUGGAUUGUGUACAGAUGACUUAAAAAGCUUUUCAGCUCUUAAAGAGUUGGUUCAAGUUGCCAGGGAACAAAUCAUAAUGGAAUAAAACAAAUAUUUAAUUGAAGAAGAAUUACAAUGAUUGAUUUACAUAUUUUUCAUCUGGUGCUUUACAGGUUAUCACUUCCCGGUUCUCUAAUUACAAAACUGAUCUGAUUGAUAUUACUAUACUAAUAAAUAUAUAACCUUCAAUUCGCAGCGUAUGAAAUUAUUAGUCAUGUUACAGUAUAUUUAAUUUUUUUCGGUGCAGAAAUGUCAUUUUAGUUACUUUUAAUUGUAGUUGAGUUAAUAAGUGGUUACCUCUCUGCCAGGAAUGGGAUAAAGGAGCACCCUUGAUUUUGGGAUUUGUGUAGGUCAUACAGCAGUCAGAUUCUAUUGAUAUCAUGGGAAAAAACUCAUUUAAUAUUUUCAAACCCCCUUGGUUACCUUUUAUGUGUAUAAUAUAAAUAUAGAUUUCUCUGUUUAGCCUUUUUGGUUUUGUACAAAUAAAUUCCUUUAAACGGUU